CACUGUUUAUCUUGAAACCGAGACUUUAAGAGUAUUUUCUCUUUUGUCCUGAACAUUUGGAUAUAACUUAAGGAAAAUCAGUAAUCUUCUCUGAGGAUCUUGAUGAUAUCAAGAGAUGGAAUUCAUUCUUAACUUGACAAAACUGAGAAAAGACACAUUAAUUGAGAAUCUGGAGUUUAGCCAGUCUUGCUCUGGGCCCAGGCCUCAGUGCAUGCGGGUGCCCGGCCAGCUGCAGGCCAUGGGUAAAGUGGGCACCAUAGGGUGUAACCGACCCUUCCCUGGGGCGCCACGGCGGCGCUGGUGGAAGCAGCAACAUCAACGACAGCGACAGCCACUCUGGUGGCCAGGCUGUGGUGACAGUGAGGGUGAGGUCGAGUGCCACACCUCCAUGGGCCUAGCUGAGCUUCAGAAGAACGUACUUGCUGGGCAGUCAAAAAUUGACACCAACAUGAGUCCGAAGAAAUGCCCUAAAAUGCGUUCCCCACCUCAGGAAGACACAGUUGCAUGUCACAAGGUCAAAUGCCUGAGAAAACCAUUAGCUCGAAUCUAUAGCAAAGGAGAAAAGAAAAAAAAUGCUGCGAAUGUGAUCCGAAGUGCCGUGAAAUCCAAUAAGCAGAAGAUCAAAAAUGCCAAGAGAGGUUCCCUGGGACUUUUUCCGAAUAUAAAAUUGAAGGCAGCAGAACCUCCAAAACUUCCAUUCCCAUCAUGUCAUUCUACCAAGGCAGUGGUUGCAAAGCAGGCCCUGAAAAAGUCCCUCAAGAUCAAGCAGUUUUCUGGGAAAAAGUUUCAAGGGAAAAGGCAACAGAAUAAAAAACUUAAAGCUUUCUACCAGGUCCGGAGGAGCUCUAGGAAGUGCAAAGCUGAGCUGCAGUCUGAAGAAAGGAAACAAAUAGAUGAGCUAAUUGAGAGCGGGAAGGAAGAAGGCAUGAAGAUUGAUCUCAUUGAUGGCAAAGGCAGGGGUGUGAUUGCCACCAAACGGUUCUCCCGGGGAGAUUUCAUAGUAGAAUACCACGGAGACCUCAUUGAUAUAACCGAUGCCAAGAAGAGGGAGGCUCGAUAUGCACAAGACCCCUCCACAGGCUGUUACAUGUACUAUUUUCAAUAUCUGAACAAAACCUACUGUGUGGAUGCCACUCGAGAAACAAAUCGCUUGGGGAGACUGAUCAAUCACAGUAAAUGUGGCAAUUGCCAAACUAAGCUACAUGCCAUCAGUGGCGUGCCUCACCUCAUCCUCAUCGCCUCCAGAGACAUUGCAGUUGGGGAAGAGCUCCUGUAUGACUAUGGCGACCGUAGCAAGGCCUCCAUCAAAGCCUACCCUUGGCUGAAGUAUUAACCAUGCUGUCUCCCAGCCUCCCUGCCACCCUGCCUCCUUCAAAGGACAAAGUGCCCUCAAAGGGAAAUGAUUUUUUUAAACACAUAUUUAUUCUUAGCUAAUUACUUCAAAUGUUUUUAAAAUGUAUAUUAAAGAUAAUUUUUCAAGUAGUAUUUAAAUAUCUGUUACAAGUUUCCAAGGUGGACUUGAGCAGAUGGCCUUAUAUUACCCAAACUUCUAUAUCCUAGUUGUUUUUGUACGUUUUUACAUACAAGUUGAACAUUUGUGUUUCCCCGCACAGUCUAAGACUCAGCACUGGUUUCAGAAAAUGGAAUCAAACAUGAAUUAGGAAGCUGGUUUCUGUCCAAGAUGAAAGCUAGGACUUCUGCCUCACCCUACAUCCAAGGACAGGUGGAGGGAGGGUCCUGCCAGCUCCACGGAUGUCUCCAAGCUCAUGUUCUCAGCAACUUGACAAGCAUGCACAUUGAGUGUAUGCAUAGUUUUCAACAAAAGUUUCGCAGUAAGCUAGUCUUUCCUUCUGCUUUCUCCAAAGAUUACUGAGCCAGGGCUUGGAGGCCUGGCCAAGAACAGAUCUCUUCUACUGGCUCCUAGCUUUUCUAGGCACCUCAAAGCCUCAGUGUGAGCAGUCAGA